AUGGGUUCAGCCCUCAUGAGAGUCAAUGGGCUGCUUGCUGUUGUGAUCUCAGAUCGAGAUGGAGUACCACUUUUGAAAGUUACUACAGAAGCAUGUCCUGAGCUUGCACUGAGACCCUCCUUCCUUAGUGCUUUCCCCAUUGCCUCAGAACAGUACAACAAGAUUGGCCAUGGGAAGAAUGAGUUCAUUAUCUCUAUGUAUGGUAAUUACCAGGUCUCUAGGUACCCAAAUUGGAUGAAGCUCUUACCUUUAAGGUGGAGACGUGGGUUUUCCACAUAUGUGGAACGGAUGAGGCACAUGGAGAAGCUGAAAGAGAGCAACAAUGGGUGUUGGGAAGUCCUUCGGGACUCCAAGACUCGAUUCUUGAUGUUUAAGGGUCAAAAACCCCUAACAUGUAUCCAUCCCUCCCUUACCAGCAAUGAUGGUCGUGUUACUGCAAUGCAUCGAGGGGGUGCUACCAUUUCCUGGCUCACCUAUCAAGAUCUGAUGGAUGCCUCCGAGUCGGCUGAAGCCUCACUAAAGGAUUCAGUUUUACUGACAGUGACAAAUGAUCUUAGUCCUCGAUUUGGCAUCCCAUUGCCUACCAUAAAUGAGACGUGGGCAGAUAGGAUGGCUCAUGAGAGAAAUGCCUUGCUUGUUGACCAACGUAUAUCUCUCUUCCUUUGCAAUGCUGAGGAAGCCCAGAUGGUUGCACAGGCAGCUUCACUUUUCCAUUGGCACAAAGUCAACCGGUUCUGCACCCACUGUGGCAAUGCUGUGGAGCGUAAUGCAGCCGGCAAUGUGAAGACAUGUCCAAGUUGUCAACAUGUCCAUUACCCCUCCACCCAUGCAUGUGGAAUCGUUCUUAUCACUGAUGUCAAUUAUGAAAAGGCACUUCUUGUUCGACAGCCACAACAUCCUCCUGGGCUAUAUACAUGCGUCGCUGGCUUUGCAGAAGUCGGUGAAACAAUUGAGGAGACAAUUCGCCGUGAAGUGGCAGAAGAGGUGGGACUAGAGGUGACAGGGAUAGAAUACAUGUCAUCACAGCAUUGGCCCUUCCCCUCCUCCAGCCUCAUGGUUGGAUGCUUUGCUACUGUCAAAAAUGCAGACCAGAAUCGCUCCAGCAAAUUAGAAGCUACAUCUCCCCGGGGUUGUGGAGAACGCUGA